GGAGGCCGCGCGUCCCCGUCCCCACUUCCUCCCGGCGCAGCCGGUGAUUGGCUCCGGGUUUAUAAGAAACACGUAAAUGGGCCGCUGCGGCUGGCAGAAACUUAGUGAGAUCUCCGGGUGGCAUAGCCUCCUCCGGGUCGAGCCGAGGUCAAGCCGCGCGCCGAGCCGGGAGGAUGAGGUCGUCCUGUGUUCUGCUCACCGCCCUGGUGGCGCUGGCCGCCUACUACGUCUACAUCCCGCUGCCCAGCUCGGUGUCGGAUCCCUGGAAGCUGAUGCUCCUGGACGCGACUUUCCGGGGCGCACAGCAAGUGAGUAACCUGAUUCACUACCUGGGACUGACCCACCAUCUGACCGCCCUGAAUUUUAUCAUCAUUUCUUUCGGCAAGAAAAGUGCGUGGUCCUCUGCCCAAGUGAAGGUGACUGACACUGACUUUGAUGGUGUGGAAGUCCGAGUGUUCCAAGGUUCUCCAAAGCCCGGUGAGCCGCUGAAACGCAGCGUUGUUUAUAUCCACGGAGGAGGCUGGGCCUUGGCAAGCGCAAAAAUCAAGUAUUACGAUGAGCUGUGUACUGGAAUGGCAGAGGAACUGAAUGCUGUCAUUGUCUCCAUCGAGUACAGGCUGGUCCCACAGGUUUAUUUUCCUGAGCAAAUUCACGACGUGGUCCGUGCUACAAAGUACUUCCUGCAGCCCGAGGUCUUGCAGAAGUAUAAGGUAGAUCCCAGCAGGAUUGGAGUUUCUGGUGACAGUGCUGGUGGAAACUUGGCCGCUGCCCUUGGACAACAGUUCAGUCAAGAUGCCAACCUAAGGAAUAAGCUCAAACUGCAAGCACUGAUCUAUCCAGUCCUCCAAGCGUUAGAUUUUAAUACACCCUCUUACCAGCAAAACGUGAACACCCCAAUCCUGCCUCGCUAUGUCAUGGUAAAGUACUGGCUGGACUACUUCAAAGGCAACUACGACUUUGUGCAGGCGAUGAUGGUUAACAAUCACACUUCCCUGGAAGUGGAGGAGGCGGCUGCCCUCAGAGCCCGUCUAAACUGGAUGUCGCUAUUGCCUGCAUCCAUCACGAAGGACUACAAGCCUGUUGUGCAGACCACGGGCAAUGCCAGGAUCGUCCGGGAGAUCCCUCAGCUGCUGGACGCCCGCUCCUCCCCACUCAUUGCAGACCAGGAUGUGCUCCAGCACCUCCCGAAGACCUAUAUUCUCACGUGUGAGCACGAUGUGCUGAGAGACGACGGGAUCAUGUACGCCAGGCGUCUGGAGAGCGUGGGUGUGGAGGUGACCCUCGAUCACUUUGAGGAUGGCUUCCACGGGUGCGUGAUUUUCACGAGCUGGCCCACCAACUUCUCAGUGGGAAUCCGGACUAGGAAUAGUUACAUCCAGUGGCUGGAUCAAAACCUGUGAAAGAGUAAAACCUCCCGAAAGCUCGAGCCCUUCUUGACCUCCUGCAUCUGCUUUGCAAAGACGUAGACUUUUUCUUCGCUAAACCCCCCUCCCUUGAUACUUGUCAGUCUUGGAUUCUCUAUGCUCUGCAGACUUUAUGAUAAUCUAACUUUAAAAAACAAAUUUGAGUAAGUGCAAAGAUAUCUGAAUUUGGUUUCCAAAGUGGGCCAUGCUCUGUGUUCUUUAUUUUAGCCAACUACUGCUGAUAUCCACAGCAGCAAAAUACAGGACCAGGACUGGAAGUAGCCUUGGGUCCUGCCUGCAUCUUUUCGAAAGCCGUGUUUCCUGUUGUGGAUGAUAGGAUGACCUUUGAUGAUUUCAGAAACCAGGAGCCCUUGAACUUGCUGACUUUGGUUCAGAGUGGUGUUGGAUGCUGCACUUUCAGCUCAGUGCCGGGGACCAGGUGUUCUCUGUCCUUUGCUGAUGGUUUUGAUUCCGAUGGGAAUUUCAACAAUGGCUUUCCAGCAAGAUGGGUUUCUCAAGGAUUUUCCUCUAGAGUGUUAAUUUUGUGAGAUAGCUAUCUUCAAGUCGAGUUGGAUUAAAAUGGUACUUGAAAGUUACUUUCUACUAAUAUUACUAGAAAAUAAGAGGCUGCAUGCACUGGAUAUAUAUACAUUGUUAAACUUUUGUUGUUUGGUUACAUUGUGUGUUGUUUGGUUACAUUUCUUUGGGGAAAUCUUUUGGGAACAAAUUUAUUUAGAUUUAGAAUAAAUUUUCCAUUGUGAAAUAAGUUAAAAAAAAGGAGGGCCGGGGAUUUAGCUCAGUGGUUUUGCCGCCUGCUGCGCAAGCUCAAGGACCCGAGUUCAAUCCCCAGUACCAAAAAAAAAAGGAAACAACCUAUUGUUUCAUAAAAAUGCUUCUGACGCAAAUUAUCAAGAGCAGUGUGCAUAUAUUUGAUAUAGUAAGGAAAUAAAGUACAUUUACUAUUAAUUUAAAAUACUUUACCUAAUGAAAAAAUACCUGUGGAAGGUCUAGUCUAUUCUUAAAACUCAACUUUUUCACUUAUAUGGCUUUAAAAUGUGACUAUUUUGGUAAAAUAUAGUGUAUUGUUUAUUUUUUUAAGUUAUUUAAUGUUACUGUAUAUAGCUAGACAGGAUUUUCCUGAAAGACAUCUGUAAUAAAUAUUAAAAGGAAUGGUAUUUUUAAACUACCUUCAAAUUAUAUGCACAUGUAAUUUUAUGGAAAGAGAUACAAUAGGAAUUAAUAGUACUAUAUAUUAAGAAAAAAUAUUUUGAUAUUUAUAUACAUAUACAAGCCAAAAUAAUUAGAAAUUCUGCACCUAGUAAAAUUAUCUAAGUUUAUGCUGGAUGAGCAUCCCUCACCCAAAAUCUGAAAUGGUCCAAAAUCUGAAACUUUAAGUGCUAAUGUGAUGUAACAAGUGGAAAAUUCCAUACCCUGAAGAUUUUUUUCAAUACAUUUUUGCAGUACUGGUUAUUGAACUCAGGGCCUCGUGCAUGUGCAGCAAGUGCUCUACCACUUAGGUACAUUCUCAGCCUAUUUUAUUUUAUUUUAUUUUUGAGGCAGAUUCUCAUUAAAUUGUGUAACUGGCCUCAAACUCAUGAUCCUGCCUCAGCCUCCCAAGUAGCUGGAAUGCAAUACAGGCAUGGGCCACCAUGUCACACUCACACCAUGAAAAUUUGUUUCAUGCACAAAAGUAUUUAAAGUACUGUAUAACAUUACCUUCGGACUACGAGUAUAUAUAAAUUUCACAUAUGAGUAUAUGUGAAACAAAUUAAUUUAGAUUUGAGUCCUAUCUCUUAGUUAUUUCAUUAUGCAUGCACAAAUAUUGAAAAUUCCAGAAGAGUCCAAUGUGCUUCUGGUCCCAGGCAUUUCAAAUAAGGGAUAUUCAACCUGUAGUUUAAUACCUUAGUCAAGACACACUGCUCCUCUGUGUUCUUUAUGGUCAGAGGAGCCCUUACUCCAGUUCUUCUGGUUUAGGGGCAGGCAAACAUUGUCAACUACUCUCUGCACUCCUCAUUUUCUUCUUCCAACCUGUUCUAGAAGUUCCAACAACCCAAGCUUACCUUCAUGUAACGUCUGCACUGCCAGUGGGAGCAUCUUUGACAUAGCAAGGAACUUCUGUUCUGGUUUGGGUUGGCAUGCUAUGCUGCUUCCUGCCCCUCCAACUUUACCCCAUCCAUGCUACUUUUGGGGCUUGCAGAGAGCAGCGGCACAACUCCGCUCAGAAAGAAAGUAGAACUUUCCACUCCUUUAAAAAAUGGGCAUUUCCACAUCUAACCAUGAGGUAACAAACACAGAUUUGCAUACUUAUUCUUCAUGUACUGUAAGAGCUGGUGAGUGGUAUUCUGUGUGCGAAACACCAGUAAAUGCAACCACGUGUGUAUGUGUGUGCACCUACAUGUGUAUAAGAAUAAUUAUGCAAGCUGUGUUGCUACUGCACUUAGGUGAGCCACUUACCACCUCUGGGUCUCCCUUUCCUCUUUGAGUUCUUGUCUAACCAUGAAUCCCAACAAUUUUCUCAGACUGGGUAAAUUGUAUUGGUGAUUUUUUUUGUCAGGUUGUGAUUUCAUAUACAUAGACACCUGUAACAUUGAAGAAUUAUUUUUCUAAGAAACCCAAAUUUUAGUUCUUAGUGUAUGAUAGCUACCUUCCUCAUAUUACACUUGGGUGGGGGGAGUUCUGGGGACAGAAGCCAAGGCCGCAGCAUGCUAGGCAAGCGCUCUACCACGGAGCUAUACCAACAGCCCCGUCACUGGUCUGUUAACACCAUUGAAAGAAACUUAAUUUGAGUUUUUCUACCUCUAAGAAAGAGGAAAUAUAAUACAUACAAGAACUCCUUUAAAAUGACAUUUCCCCCCAGAAUUAUACCCAAAUUCUGUAGUGGUUACAGAUCGCAGAUAAUUUCAGAUUUCGGAAGAGCUCUCAGAUGAAAAGGGAGUGAAGGAAACAGGGGUCAGCCACUGUUUCUCAUGAAAUACUUGAAUUCAUUGUUCUUUUGGCUUUUAUUCUUACAGAAAUGUUUGUGCUCUACAGUUCUUUUCUAGUGUAUAGCUUUGUUUUGUUUUUCUAUUUUAUGAAAAGUUGAUAAUCUUUUUAUAAUAUUGUUGUCUGUAAAACAGGAGCAUGAACAUGUGAAGAAAAACUUUGAUGUGCGGUAAAAUACAGUGACGUGUCAGUGAAUCUUAAUGUUUUAUCAUUGAUUUGUGAAGAAUUUAAGAUUAUUACACAGCUAUCUUGGUGGAUAUGUUUUAUGCAUGACCUUUUAACUUUUGACUCUUUGCCUCUUUCCCACUGCAGAGGGGAAGGCAGACUUUAUGAAGGAUUUCAGGAGCAAACAUAUUUUGUAAAAUGCAAAUCCAGUGUGGAGAUGGGAAAGCAUAGCCUUGUUUGUAAUCUCUCUUGGAAAUAAAAUGGCUCCAUCUGGGAA